UGGCGGACAAGAGAAGACGAAGAUGAGUUUUUUCCACGUUAUUUUGGCCCUUUUGGCUUUAAUUGUAGUUGUAGAUAGCUUCGAGCAGUUUAAUGAUAAUGUAUUAUUUGGUAUAACUUGGGCUGGGCCGAUUUCACUGAGAGAAGGACAAGUCACAGAGGAGGGAAAGGAUUACAUCAGCAACCACGAGUCUGUUUUUAUAACAACAMCAAACAAUGAAAAAUAUCAGUGUCUUCUUCCUUCUAAACAAGUACAAGAGAAGGUUUAUUCAGGAGAGUAUGGUUAUGGMCCUUCACCAGAACAACUUCUUGCGCCUUUAGCUGAUGAUGCCAGAUGCUCAUACAGGCUUGAAGCGUACUGGACAUACGAAUUAUGUCAUAAUAAGCAYGUUAGGCAGUUCCAUGAGGAAAGAACACAAAAGGGAACCAAACUUCAGGAGUUUUUCCUGGGGAAGGUAGACCAAGAAAASAGCAAAAAGGAAGACUCUGGACCUCAUCCCAUUCCAGAGCCACCAGUAUCUGAACAUGCUAAAGGAACUCCCAAAAAGCCCCCMACUAGAAAACUAGAAGGGCGUGAUAUGCCAUAUUACAAGGCGGUUAUGCAGGGUGGUACUCCAUGUGAUUUAUUGUCUGGUAGACCUAGAGAGGUUCAUAUUUUAUACUUUUGUCAUCCACACGGCAAUAAUGAGGUACUAUCUCUCAAGGAAGUUAGUACAUGUGUUUAUGAAAUGGAGGUUGUAACUCCUGUUUUAUGUGCCAGUGAAUUGUACAGGUUUCGUGAAGAUCCAGUCCAUGAGAUAAGCUGUCAUUCCUUGGAAUCAUCACCAGAACAGCCGCAGAGCUACAGUGACUUUAUUGAACAGCAGGACUUAGAAAAAUCAGGACAAAUGCAGACCAUGUUAUUUGAACAAGGACAACAGAAGAAACCAGUCACAGAUGAUCCCAAGCCUGAGAGUGAAAAGCCUCAACAACCACCUGAAAGACCAAGAAUACAAACUCCUCUUCCYGAUGACCAGCUGACUAAGGACUUUCUUAAUGGCGAUUACUGUUUACAAGGGGGAACAGGCUGGUGGAAGUAUGAAUUGUGUUUAGGCAAAAAAGUCUUACAAUUUCAYGUUGAUGAAGAUCAUGGUGGCCGUACAGAUAUUUUAUUAGGUCAAUGGAAUAAAGAGGAACAUAUCAAGUGGGUUGAAAGCAAAAAUAUGAAACCUAAUUACAACCAUGCUGUUCAUCUAUACACUGGUGGAGAUACAUGUGACAUCACURGUAAACCACGUCAAGUACAGGUUAGACUAAGAUGUAAAGAAUCAACCCACCUUCAAGAGGUAUCUAUUUAUUUAAUGGAGCCAGAAGUUUGUCAAUACAUUCUUGGAGUUGAGUCUCCGAUAAUYUGUCCUCUAAUUGMGAGAAUGGACAAAUAUGGACUCUUCAAUUGAUGGYGACUGCGUGCUUUUUCACCAAAUUUUUUACUUACGAUCAUUAUUCAAGUAAAAUAGUUUGACAUUUUUAAUAUUAAAUUGGAGCAGUUGUGAUUUAAAGAUAAAUUAUACAAUUUAAAAAGAUAGAAAGAGCAAGAACUAACGUCCMGAACUUUAAAAAACUUUGCUUCAUUUCACUAUAAAAUCCGUUUUUCAUGACGCUUAGAACGCCUCGAAAUUGAGGAAAAUCKUUCCAGUCCAAGAUUGAUUCUACMAAAUGUGAAGGAGUYUGAUAUCUUUUUAAGUUAUAUAUUUAUAAUUUCUCACAACUGUUAAGGGAAUAUUUUGUAUAAUGCAUUUCUCCGUAGAUAUAUUUAUAACAACUUCAGCAAGCGUUCCUAGUGAAACUCUGACAGAAAAAUGUAAGAAAAUCAUUCAAUCUCAUCUUCCGAUUGCCCUUCGCUAGGAACUUGUGCUGUACAAUGAUGUAGUUAUUGAUAUAAAAAUAAAAAAUAGAAAACGAAGACUCCAAA